CAGUGUGUGUGUGUGUGUGUGACAUGCUGAGAAGUGUGCUGCGGAGGGUGCUGGGUGGAGGUCAGGGAUGGGGUGCUGGACCUAGGAGGCCCAUCCAGUCCUGCUCAGCGCUGGUGUACAGGAAACAUGGACCAGACUUAGACCAGCUCAGGAUGGAGCAGUGGGACUUACCAGCGGUUGGUGCACACAGUGUCAGAUUACAGAUUCUUGCUGCUCCUGUGAAUCCUGCAGACAUAAAUAUGAUGCAAGGAACCUAUCCCAUUCUCCCAGAGUUCCCAGCAGUGGGUGGGAAUGAGGGGAUGGGUGAGGUCGUGGAGGUGGGCGCUGGGGUCAGCUCAGUGCGUGUAGGGGACUGGGUCAUACCUGUGGACGCUGGGUUUGGAACUUGGAGGACAGAGGCAGUGUGUGAUGCUGCAGACCUGCUGAGUGUCCCCAGGGACGUGUCCCUCCUGGGGGCUUCCACCGUCUCAGUCAACCCCUGCACGGCCUACCGGAUGCUGCACGACUUCCAGCACCUCAGGCCUGGGGACACAGUGAUUCAGAACGGUGCGAAUAGCGCAGUCGGGCAGGCAGUGAUCCAGAUUGCUGCGGCGCUGGGCCUGAGGACCAUCAACAUCGUCCGAGACAGGCCCAACUAUGAGGGUCUGGCUGCAGAGCUGAAGGCCAGGGGAGCUGAUCAUGUCAUGACCGAGGACGAGCUGCAGAGGACAGGACUGGGCCACAUAUUACAGGAGGUCCCGCGGCCCCGGCUGGGUCUGAACUGUGUGGGGGGGGUGAGCGGAGGGUUAGUGCUCACCAGUCUAGACUCUGGGGGGACUCUGGUGACAUAUGGUGGCAUGGCCAAGAAGCCCCUUCAGAUCCCAGCAAAGUCUCUUAUAUUCCAAAACAUCUCCCUGAAAGGAUUCUGGAUGACCCAGUGGAAAAGAAACAACCGAAAAGACUUCCACCUUCUGCAGUCUAUGGUAGAUGCCCUCUGUGCCAUGCUGAGGAGCGGUCAGCUCACCCCUCCCACGUGUGUCCUAGUCCCAUUCCAGAACUACAGACAAGCCAUACAGGCCACUGUGCAGCCACAUCAAUGCAAACAAGUGCUACUCAUGCACUAAAACUGCACACACACACACACACACACACACACACACACACACACACACACACACACACACACAC